UCCUCGCCCUGUAACACUCGCUUACAAACUUUCCUUUUCCUUCUCUCCUUCCUCCUGCUUAACGGGCGAGGGCAAGGUUCGCCAGGAGAACAGAUCAGAGAAGAAUUGGGUGGGAGAGCGAUGGGCGGUUGCUUUCCUUGCACUAGACCCCCAAAGAGCGACGAGAAGGACCAGAUCCCACCUACGUCAGAAAAGUUGAAAUCAAAAUCAUCUGUGGAUUUGAAAAAACAAAGCUCAUUGAACGAAAAUCAGAUCUCCAGCAGUGCUUCUGGAAGGAUUGCUGCCCAGACAUUUACGUUUCGUGAAUUAGCUGCAGCGACUAGGAACUUUAGAGCUGACUGCCUCUUGGGGGAAGGCGGAUUUGGUCGAGUUUAUAAAGGAAGGUUGGAAAGUAGCAAUCAGGUUGUUGCUAUAAAGCAGCUUGAUCGCAAUGGCUUACAAGGGAACAGGGAAUUUCUAGUAGAAGUUUUGAUGUUAAGUCUUCUUCACCACCCUAAUCUUGUUAAUCUCAUUGGGUAUUGUGCUGAUGGAGAUCAAAGGCUUUUGGUUUAUGAAUAUAUGGCAUUGGGAUCCUUGGAAGAUCAUCUUCAUGGUAUGUUGCAGCAUGAUCAUAUCGUUUCUCUCUUUUUUCUUUUUUUAAUUUGGACUCCUAAUUUGUCUGCUCAUGUGAAUGCAACAGAGCCUUCUCCAGAUAAGAAACGGCUUGAUUGGAGCACUAGAAUGAAAAUAGCUGCUGGUGCAGCAAAAGGAUUAGAGUAUUUGCAUGAUACUGCAAGUCCUCCUGUGAUUUAUCGUGAUUUAAAAUGCUCUAACAUUCUUCUCGAUGAGGAUUAUAAUCCUAAGUUAUCAGAUUUUGGAUUGGCAAAGCUCGGUCCUGUUGGCGAUAACACUCAUGUAUCAACCAGAGUGAUGGGCACCUAUGGUUAUUGUGCCCCGGAAUAUGCAAUGACUGGUCAACUGACACUAAAGUCGGAUGUUUAUAGCUUUGGAGUGGUUCUUUUGGAGCUCAUCACUGGAAGACGGGCUAUUGACAAUUCCAGAGCUGCGGGAGAGCACAAUUUGGUUGCAUGGGCACGACCAUUGUUCAGAGACAGGAGGAAAUUUUCUCAGAUGGCUGAUCCGAUGCUUCUGGGACACUACCCGGCCCGGGGCCUGUACCAAGCACUAGCUGUCGCGGCAAUGUGUUUGCAAGAACAGCCUAGCAUGAGGCCUUUGAUAGCUGACGUUGUCACAGCCCUCGCCUACCUAGCUUCUCAAUCUUACAAACCCCAAAACCAAACUAACCAGACUGCUUCUCAGUUGGCAGCACCAGGCUCGCCUCAGACAAGAGUGGACCUCGAGAGAAGACCACCUAGUGGAUCCGAAAGAGAUCGAUCAAGAGCAUCAAAGUGAAAUCACUGAAUAGCUGAUCUCUUCGUUACCAAUCAUCUCCAGAUUGAGGAAAGUCGUACCAUGUCUUCAUGGAUCAGGUCCCAUCAUCAUUCAUUCUUUUGUCUCUCCUUUUGGCGAGCUUGCUACGACAUCAUGUUUUCGGAGCUGGGUCUUUGUUUAAUUUUCUUUUUCUCCUCAUUGUUGUACAUGUGGUUCUUAGUCCUUGUAUCUAGCUAAUUCCACGUGUUGGACAUCAUAUAUAUUAUAUUGAGAUUAUUUUUCCUUC